AUGCCCCUCCCAUCUGAUCCCGCAACCGUUGAUGUCGGCGCCCAACUCGUCGACACCCUUCAUAAAUUCUUCGGCCCUCACCCGGGUUUCAGACCAGUGCACGCAAAGGGAAUCCUCCUGGAAGGAUCAUUCACCCCAACCCCCGAAGCAUCAGCCCUAUCAUCAGCCCCACACUUCCAACACGAGACGCCCAUCCUAGCCCGCUUCUCAAGCUCAACAGGUUUCCCAGAACUACCAGACACAGAUCCAAACGGGAACCCGCGAGGCCUGGCGAUAAGAUUUGUCCUCGCCGAAUCGCCUCGACGUGUCCACACCGAUAUAAUCACCCACUCGACGCCAUUAUUUCCUGCAAAAGACGGACCCGAUGCCCUGGCCUUUUUCAAAGCCUUGGCAAACGGCUCGAUAGUAGAGCAUUUAGCGGCCUUCCCGUCAGCGAAGGAAUUCGUCGAAGCGCCCAAACCAUUCCCAGUCAGUUUUACGACGGAGAAUUACUACGGCGUGAAUGCUUUCAAACUCAUCGCUGCCGAUGGGACGGUCACGUUCAUUCGGUAUCGAUUCGUGCCCCGAAGUGGUGCGGCGCAUCUUGAGAGCGGACAGGUGGAGGGUUUAGGCGCGGGUUAUCUUUAUGAGCAGAUUCGGGAUGUGCUUCCCCUAGGACCGGCUUUUGAUCUUGUGGCGCAGAUUGCGGAGGAGGGGGAUGUUACGGAUAAUUGUACUAUUCGUUGGCCGGAGAGUAGGAAGAUUGUUACCCUGGGUACGAUUAGUCUUGACUCGGUGAAGGAUGAUAAUGCCGCGGAGCAGAAGAGGGUUAUUUUUGAUCCUGUGCCGAGAGUGCAGGGUGUUGAGUCUUCGGAUGAUCCGCUUAUUGAUGUGCGUGCUGCGCUUUAUUUGAUUAGUGGGAGGGAGAGGCGGGCUGCUUAG